AACCUGAGGAGCAGUCAGCGCGAGCAGCUCACACACUGUUGGAGCUUAAACGGUGGUCAGAAUUCACACAUUGAAGGAUUUUUAACACGCUUGGACAAAAUGGAAACAUACCUGUCCCGAAGGUCGUGACUUCUGAGAAGGAGAUUACCACGCCGAGGCUUAAAAAAGCGACAAAAAUAUGCGUAAAACAGAUAGUUUCCCAAAUCCCUCAGCGCAACGGACAUCAGCAGAAACAACAUCCAUGUUACUGACUGCUACGGUUAGAAAGGAUGCGUUUUAAGCUGAAACCGGCUCUAUUUAGCGUUUUUUCCUCGUGGCAUAUGAACGUUUAAUCACUAAAAGCUGAAGGUUUAAAAGCUUUAAAUCCCACCAGCAGUGUAUUUGGGAAGCCAGCUGAGUGUUUACGCUUUAAAAUGGCUGCGGAGGGUCUGUGGGAUCAGAGUAAACCCGUUGAAUAAUAUUAUGCUUUAACGCUGGAAAUACCUCACUGGAGUUAUGGUAAUGGUUUGGCGGGGAAAGCCUUUUCUCAAUAUUAUGGUGACUUAUUUUCCAGACCUGUAACUGCAGGAGGUAACGUUGGAAAUUCCUACCCUUGUUCCGAAACACAAUGAGGCGAGACAGCUGAUUUAAUAUGCCUGUGUUUAUGCUGAUUUUCAUCACAUCACAUUCGGAUCUGGGGUUUUUCCAUUAAACGAUCGCCUAGAUUUUAAGAUAGAAGGGGCGAUCGCUGAUAUUUAAGCAAUAUUCAUGAUCUGGAAGUGAAUGGAUCUCCCCUGCUGUUAUAAUUAAAUCAAGCUGGCCAUCAGAAGGCAGGGAAGAAAGGCCCCAAGAUAUUGAUACCCAAUCUACCAGCAGCAACAGCAUCUCCAAAGACAUGGAUGCAGGGAAGAGGAUACUCAGACCUGAGCUGUUUCUGGUCAGACAGAGACUGCAGGGCAUGCACAGAUGUUUAUGGCUGUGUGUUAUUUUCUCCCUGGUGCUGAUAUCAGACGGCUCUCCAUCUAAACCGUGCGAGAAGAGCUGUCUGUCCGGCAGGUGUGUGAACGGAUCCUGUGUCUGUGAUCGUGGAUGGGUUGGGGACCAGUGCCAACACUGCCAGGGAAGAUUUAAGUUGACUGAACCGUCUGGGUACCUAACAGAUGGCCCCAUCAACUACAAAUACAAAACUAAGUGCACCUGGCUGAUUGAAGGAUACCCAAACGCAGUCCUGAGGUUACGGUUUAACCAUUUUGCGACUGAAUGUAGCUGGGACCACAUGUAUGUCUAUGACGGAGACUCUAUUUAUGCUCCCUUAGUAGCUGUGUUCAGUGGUCUCAUUGUCCCCGAAGUGAAAGGGAACGAGACAGUCCCUGAAGUGGAGACCAACUCAGGCUAUGCACUUCUGCACUUUUUUAGCGACGCUGCCUACAACCUGACGGGAUUUGAAAUAUUCUACUCAAUCAACUCCUGUCCAAAUAACUGCUCGGGCCACGGGAAGUGCACAUCGGGGAACUCAAUAGCGAGCCGUGUGUAUUGUGAGUGUGAUAAGUACUGGAAGGGCGAGGCCUGCGACAUCCCAUACUGCAGGAACAACUGUGGCAGCCCUGAUCAUGGUUACUGCGACCUCACCGGGGAAAAGCUAUGUGUGUGCAAUGACAGCUGGCAAGGUCCAGACUGCUCGUUAACAGUCCCCUCCACAGAGUCUUACUGGAUCAUGCCUACAGUGAAGCCAUUUGGAGCUUCACUGGGUAGAGCGUCCCAUAAGGCAGUGGUACAAGAAAAGGUCAUGUGGGUUGUCGGCGGCUACACAUUUAACUACAGCAACUUUCAGAUGGUUCUAAAUUAUAAUCUUGAAAGUGGCAUCUGGAACACUGUACCCAUCAGUAGCGGACCCCUGCCGAGAUACGGCCACUCCUUGGCAAUAUAUCGGGAUGAAAUCUAUAUGUUUGGAGGCAAGUUGGAGAUGGGUGCCAGUAAUGUAACAGAUGAGCUGUGGGUGUUCAACAUACCCAGAAUGACGUGGUCACAGAAGUUUCCAAGUGUGCCGGCUCAUGGGCAGAUCUACGCUGUUGAGGGCCACUCGGCCCACAUAGCAGAGAUGGAUAAUGGGGAUGUGAUUAUGGUGGUCAUCUUCGGCUACUCCUCCAUCUACAGCUACAUCAGCAAUGUCCAGGAGUACAACAUGCGAACAAACAUAUGGCUGGUGCCAGAUACCAGAGGAGCGAUCGCUCAGGGUGGGUACGGCCACAGCAGUGUGUUCGACAGUGGCAGCAAAAGUGUGUAUGUCCACGGGGGCUACAAAUCUCUCCCUGCCAACAAAUAUGGCCUUGUGGAUGAUUUAUACCGCUAUGAGGUUCAGACCCGCACCUGGACAAUUCUGAGGGAGAGCGGUUACCCACGUUACUUGCACUCAUCUGUGCUGUUAGGAGGAACUCUGCUCAUCUUUGGAGGAAAUACCCAUAAUGACACGUCUCUUAGCAAUGGAGCCAAGUGCUUCUCUGCUGACUUCAUUGCUUAUGACAUUGCGUGUGAUGAGUGGAAAGUCCUCCCUAAACCGAACUUGCACAGAGAUGUCAACCGCUUUGGGCAUACUGCAGUCACCAGUAACGGGUCUAUGUAUGUGUUUGGUGGUUUUUUCAGUGUGCUUCUGAAUGACGUGCUCAUCUACAGGCCACCCAUCUGUGAGGCCUUCCUGAGGCAGGAGCGCUGUGAGGCUGCAGGCCCUGGCGUGCGCUGCGUUUGGAAAGGGACCCGUUGCGUGUCCUGGGAGCUCAGCUUCACUAACAGCUCUACACCUGCUCCAUUCUGCCCUGCCAAAGCUGCCACAGUAGAUGAGAGAUGUUACCGCUUUUCUGACUGCACCAGUUGUACCGCCAACACUAAUGGAUGUCAAUGGUGUGACGGCAAGAAAUGCAUCUCAGCUCUCAGUAACUGCACUGCUACUGUGAAGAAUUUCACCAAAUGUCCAAUCAGGAAUGAGCAGAUUUGCAGUAAGAUGGCCAAUUGCAAGAGCUGCUCCCUCAACCUGAGCUGCCAGUGGGAUCCUCAACAGCAGGAAUGCCACAACCUCCCUGCCCAGCUGUGUGGAGAUGGUUGGAGCAAUGUUGGGGAGGCCUGUCUGCAGAUCAACUCCAGCAAGGAGAGCUAUGACAAUGCUCAGCACUACUGCAAGAACCUGGAGGGCAACAUUGCCUCACUUACCACAGCCAAGCAAGUGGAUUUUAUUCUGGAGGAACUGCAAAAGUACCAGCAGAAGGGGAAGAAACUGUCCCCAUGGGUGGGCCUGAGGAAGAUCAAUGUGUCAUACUGGGGGUGGGAGGACAUGUCUCCAUUCACUAACACCUCUCUGCAGUGGUUGCCCGGUGAGCCCAAUGACUCAGGCUUCUGUGCUUACCUGGAGAGGGCUCAGGUCUCUGGCCUCAAGGCUAAUCCCUGCACCGCCAACACAGAUGGCCUCAUCUGUGAGAAACCAGUUGUGAGCCCGAACCAAAACGUCCGCCCAUGUAAGAUGCCCUGCUCCCUGCGCACCACCUGUGAGAACUGCACCAGCCAGGCCAUGGAGUGCAUGUGGUGUGGAAGUACGAAGCGCUGUGUGGACUCCAAUGCCUACGUCAUUUCCUUCCCCUAUGGCCAGUGCCUGGAGUGGCAGACAGGAGAAUGUCUGUCUCAAAACUGCUCUGGUUUGCGUACAUGUGGUCAGUGUUUGGAACAGCCUGACUGUGGCUGGUGUGGGGACCCCAGUAACACAGGCCGAGGACAGUGUAUGGAGGGCUCGUAUCGUGGACCCAUGAAGAGCACGUCCAAACACAGCCAAGACAUGGUGCUGGAGGCAGGACUCUGCCCAAAAGAACGAGGCUUUGAGUGGGCCUUCAUCCAAUGUCCUGCAUGCCAGUGCAACGGCCACAGCACUUGUGUGAACGGCAGCGUGUGCGAGCAGUGCCGUAACCUCACCACUGGCCCUCACUGUGACACAUGCUUGCCUGGUUACCAUGGAGACCCAACCAAUGGCGGAAAGUGCCAAGCCUGUAAAUGUAAUGGCCAUGCCAACUUGUGCCAGGUGCUGACAGGCAAAUGCUUUUGCACCACCAAGGGAAUCAAAGGUGACCAGUGCCAACUUUGUGACUCAGAAAACCGUUACCUUGGGAACCCCCUCAGAGGAACCUGUUACUAUAACCUGCUGAUUGAUUACCAGUUCACCUUCAGUCUGCUUCAAGAAGAUGACCAACACUACACUGCCAUUAACUUCAUGGCCACUCCUGAACAGACCAGUAAGAACUUGGACAUGUCCAUCAAUGCAUCAAACAACUUCAAUCUGAACAUCACUUGGUCCAUUGGGUCAACAGCUGGAACCAUUUCUGGGGAAGAGAUCCCCAUCGUGUCAAAGACCAACAUCAAAGAGUACAGAGACAGUUUCUCUUGUGAGAAAUUCAGUUUCCACAGCAACCCCAAUAUCACCUUCUAUGUAUAUGUCAGCAACUUCUCAUGGCCAAUCAAAAUACAGAUCGCCUUCUCUCAGCACAACAGCAUCAUGGACCUGGUGCAGUUUUUUGUGACCUUUUUCAGCUGUUUUCUGUCUCUGUUGCUGGUAGCUGCAGUGGUGUGGAAGAUCAAACAGACCUGCUGGGCCUCCAGACGACGAGAGCAACUGAUGAGGGAAAGGCAGCAGAUGGCCAGUCGCCCUUUUGCCUCGGUCGCAGUGACGCUGGAUGUUGGUGACCCACAACUAGAACUGCUUCAGGGGGGAAUUGAGGGACCUCCCAAACCAGUUGCUGUUGAACCCUGUUCAGGUGGGAAAGCAGCAGUGCUCACAGUGCUAAUGUGCCUCCCACGAGGGGCAUCUGGUAUUCCUCCACCCGGCCAGUCAGGUAUAGCUAUCGCCAGCGCUCUUAUCGACACGUCCCAGCAGAAGCCCAUGGACUUCAAAGAGAAGAGCCAAGGCUUGAAGAACCGCAAAGCUCUGCCUCCUGCUCACCAGGGCACCUGUGUGUAAAAAACAUUGAUGGUCUCGGUGGGCUGUCCUUUACCAGAGUGACCUCCUCUCUUGUGCUGCAGCAGGCAAAUGGCACCCUAUGUAUCAAAUAGAGGCCCCAUUUUAGGGGAUUAUUUAGGUGACAGAGUGCCCACUAUUUCCACUCCUUAUACACUUUCUCUCCAUGUCUAUUUACCAUAAUAAAUAGACCUCGCCACCACCUGUUCCAGCUCAAGCCUCACUCUACAUUUUCCUUGUGCUUCUCUCCCAGUUCGACUCUAUCCAAACCAAUCCACAAGCCUGCUACACUACUCCAUCUGCUUCUUCAUAUCACCUUCAACUCUGGUCACCGUAUAACCUUUUUUCCCCACAUUUCUUAGUCAUUCCGAGCCAUCAGAAUGUUGGUCACCUCUAACGACCCUCAGUUGUUUCAAGAGGGCCUCUCCAAUGGAUGUCUCCCAUGUGUAACAUCAGCUUCACACCAAGCACAGAUGGUUUAUGCUUCAUCAGUGAAGAAACUAGGAUUCUGGGAUGUCAGCUGGACCAGUUUUUCUCACUGAAGUAAUCUUCUAAUGGUUAUCUUGGGACAGUCGCCGGUUUUGUGUACGGGUCAAAAAGUUUUUUGAAUGCUUGCCAACUAUUUUUUUUGCUCAUAAGUAGGUUCAUAAUCAACAUCAGAUUUUUAGAUAUUUUGACAUUUUAUUUAAAAGAGACUGAAUAUAGAUAUGUUUACCAUAGAUAGCGUUAAAGCUAUCUGUUGCAUAUGCUAUUGAAUUUCUGCUGCUGGUAAUCUCAUGCUAGGUAAACAAAGGUUAGGACUGGAUAAAAUCUUUCUCAGAUUUCAUCUUUGCAUGGGCCACACAGACUAUGCUUGAAAACUUUAAAUAUUUUGUGGGUUAAAUGUCACAGAGUCUCUCCAUGUUGUUAAGUAUGAGGUUUGGUGUGCACAAACAGUCCACACCAUUAGUGUAACACACUAUAAUGCAGAGGACUCAAAAGGGGCCAACUGGUGUGAAUGAAACCAAGUGUCAGUCUUAAAUCACAAAGAAAAAUUAGACUUGAGGUGGUGAGGGACUGAAUCGUGCCUCACUGACCUUACAAACCUUGAGAAUUUAAGCUUGUAGUUGCAUACCAGAGGGCCACAUCCAAGCUGGUGUGUAGUCAUUAAUUAAAAAUGCUAGGGAACUCUAGAAAAGCUGUUGUUUUUUUAUUGUAAUUUUGCAUUGUAAUUACAGGUUUGAAUGAGCAAUGUCUCAUAACGAUGCAGUAAUGUUUCUUCUCUUUGUAAUUAACUUUUGUACUCUUUAAGUUUCACAUAUUGUGAAUGUCUGAAGAGAAAGCCGAUGAUUUUGAGGAGAUCGGCAGCUGAGAGUAUGCAGUUAUAGACCGUUCAUACACUCAAGGACUGUUUCCUCAGACAAUGGGAUUUCAGGAUUUGCCCUACAACUAGAAAGACCCUUCGCUUUGAUUAGCCCAACAGACGAGUCCCCAAUGAGUAAAACGGGAAGUCCAAGAAGACUGUGUGUUCCUGCCUAUCCUAUUUCUAUGGCAACAGCAAGAAAGUGUACAGCAUCCUAAUCUUCACACAUUUGCUUAAAAUGGACCUGACCAUGUGAAUUUAAUGUGAAUUGAUCUUUUUCUCUUCAUGUAGCUACUUUUUGUUUGUAUACUUUGCUGGUU